AGGCCGAACAUGGCGGCAGAGGCGGGGCGCACCUGCGCUCUGCGCAGCGCCGUGCUGGUGGCGCUGGUGUCCGUCGUCACCACCAUCAUCUACCUGACGCCCGUGCCUGAUGUGGAGUUCGCCUCGUGUGAGAGAACUUGCAAGGACAUGGACCUUCCAAUGAUUUGCAGGAUCAAGCUGACGUUUGAAGUCUACCAGACAUUAAGCAGGUCCUGCGGCGACUGCCCGCGCAACUCCAGCGACUGCGACCGCAGAUUCUGCAUCGCGGCGGACGGGGUGCGCCGGGGGAUGCUGGCCGUCAAUCGCCAGCUGCCAGGGCCGACCAUUCAGGUGUGCCAGAACGACAUCCUGCUGGUGGACGUGGUGAACCGCAUCCCGGGCCAGGAGCUGGCGGUGCACUGGCGCGGCCAGCCGCAGCGGGAGACGCCGGUGAUGGACGGUGUGCCCAUGGUGACGCAGUGCCCCAUCCCCAGCUACACCACCUUCCAGUACCGCUUCCGCGCCUCGCAGCCCGGCACGCACCUCUGGCACGCCCACACCAGCUCGCAGAUGGUGGACGGGCUGUUCGGGGCGCUGGUGGUGAGGCGACCGCCGACCACGGACCCGCUGAGGCACCUCUACGACGUGGACGACGAGCGCCACCUGGUGGUGAUCAGCGACUGGGGGCGCGGCCCCGCGGUGCAGUCUCUCACCGGGGCGCCCGACGACCCCCCUGCCCCUGCCGUCUUGCUGGUCAACGGCCGAGCCGCCGGCCAGGGGGCGGAGGACAGCGGCACCACCACCCCGCAUGCCAGCUUCAGCGUGCGACAAGGGCUGCGCUACCGCCUGCGCCUCGCCUACACGGGCGGCACCACCGCCUGCCCCGUCGCCGUGACCUUGGACGGCCACCAGCUGCUGGUGGUGGCGCUGGACGGCUCCCCCGUCGCGCCGCGCGCCUUCGCCGAGGUCACCCUGUCCCCGGGCGAGCGACUGGACGCCGUGCUCCACGCAAACCAGCCGAACGCCUCCUAUUGGCUGAGGGCGAGCACCAAUGAGAGGUGCGCGUCCCCGGCGCUGCGCGGGAAAGCCGUCGUGACGUACGAAGGCGCCGACCCAGCGCCGCCCGCCGACAUACAGUCCAACUCCGUGGACCAAUCAGAGGAGGAAGGGCUCAAGUUCCAGAACUCCGUGGACGCGAGCUGCCGGUCGUCCUCGGGAGGCAAGCUGUGCCUGGACGAGAUCAAGUCGACGGUCGAGAUGCCGGAGGAGCUGUCGGCGCCCCAAGUGGACACCCGGCUCUACCUGUCCUUCGGCUUCAAGCACGUGGUCUCCGUGAGUCCGUCACUGGCCGUGGCCGCGGGACUGCCAGUGCCGCACGUGAACAACAUCAGCUUCACGUACCCGCCGCAGCCACUGGUGUCGCAGCCGCGCGACGCGGCGGCCUCGGGCCUGCUGUGCGACGAGGCCAGCGCGCCGGCCAGCUGCCACGAGCCGUCGGCCGCCUGCGAGUGCGCGCACGUGAUCGCCGUCCCCCUGGGCCACUCGGUCGAGAUCGUGCUGCUGCACCUGGGGGACGAGACGAAGCAAGGCCACGUGUUUCACCUGCAUGGGCACUCGUUCCGCGUGGUGGGGGCGGCGCAGCUGGCGGCGGCCACCUCGCUGGAGGCGGCCAAGGAGAUGGACGCCGCGGGCCAGCUGCUGCGGAGGAACCUGGACGGCAGCCCUGUGCUCAAGGACACAAUCACCGUGCCCGAAAAGGGCGUCGUGGCACUGCGGUUCAAGGCCGACAACCCAGGCUACUGGCUGCUGCACGAGGAGCGCGUGUCCUACUGGAUGAACGGCCUGAGCGUGGUCCUGCACGUGGGCCAGGACUGGGACCUGCCUUCGCUGCCCAGCGACUUCCCCACGUGCGGCAGCUGGGUGCUGCCCGAUAUGUCGCUGAUCUGAGGAAACCCGCCAUGCCUGUCGUCCCGUCGCCAAGAGGACCCACAGUGGCAGAUGGGCCCUGGUCAGGAAUGUCUCUCGUGUGAAACGACCCACACCAAAGUCAUCCUAGUUCGAGGAAUAUCAAUGGCAGCAGCAGAAUCUUGCCCAAGACAUCAGUCAUAAGACAGAAUCCACCAUCGGUGUCAUCACAACAGAAAUAGUUAUAAAGGAAUAUGUGUCCUAUCAGAUAUGUUUCUCAUUUUCCCCUAUGUUGUCCAGGUUUGAGAAAGUGCUGCCCAAAAUAUAAGUCAUAUAAAAUAAUACAUAAUUAGGGUUCUUAUUGGGACCAGGUGGACAAGUAGUGGCAGAUGGGUCCAGUCAGAUAUAUUUUUCACGGGGAGGGACCCUCAGCCAAGUCUUCCUGCCUCGAAAAGUUUUCACCAGGGCAGUUCAAUCGUGUUCGAGAUGUCCGCUAUGUGAGAGAAUUCAUCAUCGGUGUCUUUCGGAAACAGGUGGACCAUAAUAGCAGAUAGUUGGUGUCAGAAAUAUAUCUCAUAUAAAACUACCGUCAGCAAAGUCUUUGUGCCACAUAGAAGUCUCAUCGGCGUUCAGUUGGGCCAGAGAUGUCCAUCAUGGGAGAGAAUCUAUUAUCCUCGUCGUCUUGGCAUUAGGUGAACUCCAUUGUAAAUCGUCAUCUUGGCAUUAAGUGGCAUUAUUAAUUGGCAUAUAGGUCCUGUGCUUGUAUCUCAUGUGAAAGGUCCCUCGCCCAAGUUGUCCUAGUUCUAGGAGGAUCCAAAGUGGACACUGCGUCCAGUUCGAAAUGUUGCUCUUGUUAAAGGACCCAGCUUUCGAGUCAUCUCGACAUUAGGAGGACUUACAGUUUAUAAAUAUGUCAACAGGGAGAUUCAAGUCCUCGCACAUGUGUGCUUUAAAUAUGUUGUUGCCACUGAGAAAAUUUUUUAUGGUAGUAGUAGACAUAAUUGCCCUGAAAACUUUACUUCACUUUAUACACACCCAGAUAAACUGGGCCGAAGGCAUAAUAUGAAACUGUUAUAAGUUUUGACUUAGAAUUUUUUAAUACAUAUAAUUUAUUCUGUUACUGAAGUAGAUUUCGUGGUCCCUUGUGAACUUUUCUGUUUUAUAUUUUGCUGGCUAUCGUCUGUUCAUCUUUUCAGUUGAUAUAAAAUCAGUAUUCUGCAACCCAUAACCCAUCUUUAGUUUAUCUUGCAAAAUUACAAAGUUAUAUUGAUGAUCAUCAUGGAUGAUGUUAAUAAGAGUAUUUUUACAGCUCAUUGGUGCGGAAAUUAAGUAUUUACUGUCAGUGAAAAAAUAUGGUUCAAAUAAUAGGUAGCAUUGACACAUUUUGAAGAGUACAAGGUCUUCGUUUUGUUUGCGACACAUUGCAGCAAGUGAAUGUUAGCCAAUCCAUUAAUAUACAAUCAUGGAUUGCACGAAAAGACGGAGGGACAUUUAUGAGUCAGAUUUUAUUGCAAUCGUUUAAUUAAAAUAUAAGUAAUAUUUUGUACCACUCAUGUUGGAAUUACAUAAUAUUCUAACUUUCCAUAUCUUUAUUCAUUCCAGUUUAUUUGCUCAUCAAAAUAUUACUUUUUAAUUACAUAAGUGAACUUCGCAAGACUGAAAAAACAUAAAAAAAUUAUACUUUUUGGUUCUAAUACAAACUUAGUUGUCAUUUUGUAUUUUAUGCCGAAACUUUUUUAACAUUCCAUCUGAAUCACUCACUGACAUAUCGAGUUUAUUUAUAUACAUUUAUAGAUUUAUGUUUAUGCAUUUAGACAAGUUAUAGGUAAUGUCAUCCCGGGGAUAACAUUACACUGUAAUAUUUUUUGUAAUUUACAAGUAAAGUCCUUAAAAACUCAGUUGCCAACGAUAUCACUUGUAAAACUUCAAUGCAAAGCGUUGAAUUUGUAAUUUUACAAGACUCUGCCUUGCAGUCUCACAAGUGAUAUCGUUCGGAACUAAAUUUCAAAGAAUUUUCCUUGUAGAAGUGCAGAAAAUUUUGCCGUGUAUAAUAUAUUAUGGAUAGUUCCACCUAAAAAAAAUAUGUUGAGAUUUCUUAGCACCAGACACACCCACCUCUGGAGUUAAUUUUCAAUAAUUUCGAAUCAAACGUUUAGCGAAUUCAGCAUGUACAUGCGUGAAGAUUUGGCGAAUCGAAUUUCCCCUCUAAUAAUUCUUCCCUUUAAAAAGGGAGAUGGUAAAAUGCACAUUUAAAGUUGCCAGAACUUUAGUGUGUAUGUUAAGAAAUGUUGUUUAGAUUUUACACUUUUGUCAUUCCAUUUAAAUAAUCACAGCCUCAAAUGUUAAAAUUAGGAUGAGAGGUAUGUUUAUUAUUUAUUCGUAAAUUUUGGCAUUUAUUUUAUUGAUGGGAUCAAUUAUUGUAUGUGCUUAACAUGUGUCUUGUACUUGUUCAAAAACAUUUAUUUAAUUACUUUUUAUGAACAUAAACUUUUUUAAAGUUUCCAUAAACAUAUAUUUUAAAAUAAGAGAAUAAAAUAUGGAGAAAUAUUUCCUACGGUUUAAAUAAUACCAUGGAUGGUUUGACAUUGAAAUUUUUUUUUGUGUUAGGGUAAAUUGAAAAAAAAAAUUUUUCUCUGUGAAUUAAGAUUUCCCACGUGUCUCUUCUCGUGAAUAUUUCCCUAAAGUUUCGAAAAAUAUCGUGGUUUUAAGCGAAUGUGAUAAUGAUGUGUAAAUUUGUAUUAAUAAAGUUUUAAUUACAUUUAAAGGUUCUAAAGUCUUCAGAGAAGUAGAUAUGUAUGAGUUAUUUGUUAAACAAUGUCCUAUAUUAAUACUAUUAGUAUAAUAAUUAUGAAUUUUCACUUUAAAAUAAUUGUAUUUAAGUUACUUUAGAUUUAAUAUAUAAUGCUUAAAAUUUUAUAAGUAGGUUAAACGUGAAAUUUUUAUAGCUACACAUCGUUGUUAAUUUUUGAGAAUGUUAUUAUGUAUCAAAGGAAGACUGAAUUUUUUUAAACUUUAGAUGCUGUUGACAGAGUAUUUGUUUGGGUCAAAUUGACUUUAAAUAAAUUGUUUACAAUAAA